GGCCGUCGAACGGGCGGGAAGGGGUGGCGGCAGGGGUAGGAUGGCGGCGGCGCCGGGCGCAGGGGUCCCCGGCUCGUCGGGCGGCGGCGGCGGGGCGCGUGAGGGCGCACGGGUGGCGGCCCUGUGCCUGCUGUGGUACGCGCUGAGCGCUGGCGGGAACGUAGUCAACAAGGUGAUCCUGAGCGCCUUCCCGUUCCCCGUGACCGUGUCUCUGUGCCACAUCCUGGCGCUGUGCGCGGGACUUCCACCGCUGCUGCGCGCUUGGCGCGUACCCCCUGCGCCACCCGUCUCGGGCUCCGGGCCCGGCCCACAGCCAUCUCCCGGCCCUCUGCUGCCGCCGCGCUUCUACCCGCGCUACGUGCUGCCGCUGGCCUUCGGCAAGUACUUCGCGUCAGUGUCGGCGCACGUCAGCAUCUGGAAGGUGCCAGUAUCCUAUGCGCACACCGUCAAGGCCACCAUGCCCAUCUGGGUGGUCCUCCUGUCCCGGAUCAUCAUGAAAGAGAAGCAGAGCACAAAGGUGUACUUGUCCCUCAUCCCCAUCAUCAGCGGCGUCCUGCUGGCCACUGUCACGGAGUUGUCGUUUGACAUGUGGGGGCUCAUCAGUGCUCUUGCUGCCACACUGUGCUUCUCGCUUCAGAACAUUUUCUCCAAAAAGGUAUUGAGAGACUCACGGAUCCACCAUCUCCGGCUGCUGAACAUCUUGGGCUGCCACGCUGUCUUCUUUAUGAUCCCUACAUGGGUCCUGGUGGACCUCUCUGCUUUCCUGGUUAGCAGUGACCUGACCUAUGUGUCCCAGUGGCCCUGGACGCUUCUGCUUCUGGCUGUCAGCGGCUUCUGUAACUUUGCCCAGAAUGUUAUCGCCUUCAGCAUCCUCAAUCUCAUAAGCCCUUUGAGCUACUCCGUUGCUAAUGCCACCAAGAGAAUCAUGGUCAUCACGGUGUCCCUGAUCAUGCUGCGGAACCCGGUCACCAGCACCAACGUCCUAGGCAUGAUGACAGCCAUCCUAGGGGUCUUCCUGUACAACAAGACCAAGUAUGAUGCGAAUCAACAAGCACAGAAGCACCUCCUCCCCGUCACAACAGGGGACCUGAGCAGUAAGGAGCACCACCGGAGCCCUCUGAAGAAGCCCCACAAUGGCGUCCUCUUCCCCCAGCAUGGAGACUAUCAAUAUGGCCGCAACAACGUUUUAACAGACCACUUCCAAUACAGCCGGCAGAGCUACCCAAACUCAUACAGUUUGAACCGCUAUGAUGUGUAGAGCCUAGAGGAUGGGGGGGGUUUGUUCUGCAAUUCCCCCCACCCCAAUCUCAAGCAGUACCAGAAACUCUGACAACCAGUGAAUGUAAGCCCAGCCGAGGGGACAGUGCACAACCCUCAGAGGACACUGGGCGUCCCGGCCCCAUGGAGCGUCAGGAUGCCCUCCUUGCAGUGAGGACCACCACCCUCAUGUUGUUUCAUGUUCUUCCUUCCUGGAGUCUGUCAUCUGAGGGCAGCAGCACUAUGCAGAUCUUGGCCAGGCUUUAUUUUUCUGUGUGGACUUAUUCCCCAAGUCGUGUAUUUCAGAGUUCUUGUUCUGCUUCCCAGAUAUCAUUUCCAGAUGACCCUCUGGGAAGACGGAAUCAUUGUGGAUACAGACCCUGGAAUGGGCAAGAUGGACUCCGUUUCCCCCUCAGCCCCAUGGCAGUUUACAGUCACUGGCAAGCCCUCACAAGUGAACAGCUAUUGCAGUUAGCAUUGAGUUCUUAGAGGCUGAGUCUUCGACCUGUCGGCCAGAGUUGUGUGCUUGGAUCCAGAGGGAAGAGUGGAACAGGGCAUUGCUCCUUUCAGGGCGGUGAGGAGGAGCCUGCAGGGCUGGGAGAAGGACCGAUAGGAAAUCAUGUUCAGUGUUUCGAGCUCCAUUUCUGUCUUUUUUGUCUUUUCUGGUGGGUCUUCACUGCUGUGAUGACUUCACAGGAUGUUGGGGAGAUGUUGAUUUCAGGAGAGUCUCUCACUUUUGUAGGAAAUGUUUUGUAGUUGUGUGUAUUUAUGCCUUGUUCCCCAGGAGGGGAUGCAUAAGGACUGGCUUAUAGAUUGAAAACCCUUUUGUUUUUAAAUGUUUAAAAGCAAGAAAAGUUCCCACUGCUGAUGCCUGUCUUGACACAUACCAGCAUUUGGUAGAAAACAAUGAAGUGUUGAGAAGCACCUCCCAGAUGACCACAAUCACUGGAAAUGGAAUGAAUCAAGAAUACCACUGUGUGGAGAAAAAAAAAUAUAUCAUCUCAAUGGUCUUGUGUGACAGACAAGAGCACAGUGCUGUGAUUCCAUGGCCUCUUCUUGUGUGUACACUGGGGUCUGAAUCAUGACCUGGUGAAGGGGAAAAGAGGCGAGCACCAAGUUAGGACCUGGUUUGUGAGAUCACAUGCUUUGGUCAAGAAAAAGUUGGUUUCGGCAGAUUCAUGUCAUGACCUGUGUGCUGAGGUCCAGGCGGGGGUCUCUGUCUUUCCCGGCAUCAGGAAGGACUGAGUCCUCCCUCCCGGAAGGGACCCUUGGUGAUGGCUGGCGGUGUCCUUGGUGAUGGCUGCUUUAUUCCUUUAGCACCGUCUCCAACGGAUGGGACAGGGGUCAUCCUUUACCUUCUUGUGCGACAUUUUCCUGCCCAGGGAGAGAGUGACGUAGCUUAUGCUUGACUCCUGGUUUGUUUUUGAUCAUUGGAAUUUUGUAUUUAAGAGGUUCCAUUUUGUCAGCUCACAUUGGGCACUCCUGGAAGGGUCUCAGAUGCAUUCUCACUUGUGAGUUCAUGAACCACCAGCCUUAGGAGUCGUUGUUUGUUGUCUGCUGUUCACUUGCUUUCUAAUUACUUUGGCCCCCAGUUUCGAGAUGAUUGCUAUGUGAAAUCCAAAACAGCAAUCCUGAAGGGUGUUACUGGUGAUGAGCUCAUCACUGAGUACCUUCACCAGAGGCAGUCAAGUCUACAGUUGAAUUUUUCUGUCGAAUAACAAAUAGGGAUAAUUUUGCACUGCAAAGAUAUUACGGUAGUUGUAUUUACUAUUAGAGUAACUCCUUGAACAUGUAAUUGAACUCCAAAAUGAAUUAUGCCUCCAUUUGGGUUUAAUGAAAUUUCCGAUAUUGCUGAAAUUUGUGUAUUAGUUUGUUUUCCUUUUCCAGUGCAAGAUCUACUGGUGAGGGGAAUGACUGGUUUUAUUAUGGUUUAUAAAUUAACAAAUGGGAUAUUUAAUUCUGUAUAUACAUUUACAGUAAGUACAUACACUGGAAUAAAUGAGACAAUCAUAUUAGAUCAAAUCAUCAAAAAAGACGUACUUUUGAGACUUGACAGUUCAAAGCUGACAAUGACCCCAAGAAAGCUGGUUUUCCAGCCACGUACUGGCCUGGUCUGCCACACUGGCCCUGUGCUCCCCACAUUUGCAACUGUUCUCAUAUUCCUCACUACUAGAGUUUGUGGCAACAAGUUCAGUUUACCCAUUUGUGGUGUGGUCUGGCCUGCGACACUAACCCAACUCCUUCAUUUUACAGAAGGGGAACCUGAGGCUCCGAGGGCAUUUUUGAAUAGUGUUUUGAUAACUGUGUUGAGACUUGGUGUAGAAUUUUUAAGCACCAUAUUUUAAGUCAUUCGUCAUAGGGGAAAUCCCUAUUACAAAGGAGAGAAGCCAGAAUAUGUUCCAGUGAAGAAGCACUUGGAAUUUCUGAAUUUUGCUGUGUAUUUGGCAUACAUUAUGCAAUAGGUCCAUUAUUAUUCCUGGGACAUAACCAUUCAUACCUGAUCUGUUAAUGAUCUAACAGCCUUAAGGGCAGAGAACGUUAAAUUAUUAAAGGAUCUGAAAAUUGUGAAUUUUUUUUAAUUGUCACCUGUUUUUUAAACUUAAAUGCUGUAGACUGUUCUGUGGGAAUGACACUCUUAUGUUCAUUGAUGGCAUUUACCAAAAAUAAAUGAUGGUGUCCAGGGAAUUAAGACUCGCCCCAGUUUGUCAGUGAGGGUCUCUUUCUGAGUGACCCUGUCUUCAUUAUACCCCAUAACAAGACAAACAAUAGGUAGAAAGAGUAACUGACCUGGU